AGAACUUCCUAGUUACCACAGUCAAGGGGUCAACAAAUAUGUCCUGGGUUUGUGAGGUAUUACCUAAAGAUAUCCGGUUGUUCCACGAAGCUAACGUUUCAACUGCUACAAUAGAGUGGCAGACGCUUCAUAUUACAGGAUGCAUCGCAGUUGAAAUAGCACUGAAAGAAGGUAGUCAUCUGCAUGAUGAAAACAACAAAGAAAUCAUUUGUGGUGCUGUUAACCUAUGUAUCACUGUUGACACCAGCUGCAAGUAUGGACCCUGUCCUCGCAAAUAUCCAGUCUCCUGACUCAGUAGGAAACUCUAUUGAUGACCAUGGUAAUAUAACAUGGGCUGACAUUCCACAAGGAGAACCAUAUAAGGCUGAUGCUGAAUACAGUGAUGGAGGAAUGGGUCCACUAUUUGACUUUUCCAGGAGUUUUAUCAAUACAUGCCUUCAAAAGGGAUUUCCUUACGACUUGAUUGAAAAGAUCCAGAAUGGACAUUUUGAUAUGGCUGAAGCACAAGGGGUAGCAUUGGACUAUUUAGGCUAUGGGCUAGCCAUUGUAGUUGGAUUGCUAUUUAUUGUCAUCUUCCCCUUAAUUGGUUGCUGCUUCUGCUGUUGUCGCUGCUGUGGCAACUGUGGUGGAAAACGGAUCCAUAAAGAUGACCCAAGCGCUUCAUGUAAGAGGAAGAUUUUUGGUGUUGUUCUUCUGCUGCUGGUGGUAAUGACAAGUGCUGGUAUGGUGUGUGUGUUUGUUUCCAAUGAUCGUAUGUCAACAGCACUUAACAAGUUUGGUGAUACAGCUGCAGAUAACAUUGAUGACAUUUCCACAUUUCUUGACAACACAAUUGAGCAAGUUAAACAUGUUGCGGGAGACAACUUCAACUUCACAAAAAAAGCCAUCUUCCGUGACUUAGACAGUUUAGGACAUCUUGUGGGUAUACCAGUGCGAGAAUCACUUGGUAUCUCUGGAGGUGUCAAUGCAGCUUUCAGUAGUGCCCUAGCUCUUCAAGGAGAUUUGGACAAUGCCACUACUCACUUGAGCUCAGUGUUAGACCAAAUUCAGUAUUUGAAUGGCAGUGCAACACAACUGAAGACCGAUCUUGCAGCAGUGAAAAGCCAAAUAGACACAGCCUGUAGUGGUGGACCCUGUACUGGUGCUCCAGAUACAUCUGGCCUUAGGAUGGGUUUUGACGAGAGUCGGCUACCAGACUUCAACACUGAGAAAUCUCGACUAGAUGGACUCCAGAACCUGACCAUGACAAUACUGAAGGCAAAAGCUGAAUUUGAUUCUGUUCCUGAGCGUGUGCAAAAUGAAACCACCUCUACAGUUGCAACUCUCAAGACACAGGUGGACAAAUAUUCAGAAUCAGUUGAUCCCAUGAUAAAAAUGACCACAAACUUGAAGUCACAGGCCCUUGGUUCUUUUGAUUUGAAUUCCAUGCGGUCACAGGUUGAGAGCUACACUGAAGAUGUUGCAGUGUAUGACAGAUACAGGUGGUAUGCAGGGAUUGGUCUGACUUCAGUCAUACUGCUCAUAGUGUUACUCUUAUUCCUUGGCCUAACUUGUGGUGUAUGUGGCAGCAGUGCAUCCAACCUUCCCACAGAACGAGGUUGUCUCUCUAAUUGUGGAGGAAAUCUGCUAAUGGGGUCUGUUGGCUUAAUCUUCAUGUUUUCCUGGCUGUUGAUGCUGCUAACAACCCUAACCUUCACAAUAGGAGCACCAUUAGAGCGAUUUGUGUGUCAGCCUCUUUCGGAUCCUGAGCUUACCAUCUUCACCAAGCUGUUUGAUGAGAUGCACCUUCUUGGAGGAAGUGACAAUGGCUCUUUCCUUGGACAAAUGCUAUUUCAAGAUCCGUCCAUUGAUCUUACAGUUGCAAAUAUUUUGAAAGACUGCAAGUCAGGUAAAGCUGCUUACUCAGCCUUCAGACUGGACAAUUUCAAAGACUUCAAUAUCACAGCUCUGGUUGAUUACAAGAGUAGUUUGGACAUAGAUGGACAACUUAAUGGAAUCAAUGUGGACCUGUCCAGUCUCACCAUACUCACACCAGAUGUGCAGACACAACUUAAGGAUUUCUCCUCGGUGGUCUCUGGAAUUGAUUUUACAAAGUUUGAUAUGCUCAGCAAUGAUACUGUUGGAACAAACUUGAGUCUUUUGGCUGAAGACUUAAGGAAUGUCAAUCAGACAAACUUGUCAAGUGCUGCAGAUACUCUUGACAGUAUUGCAAAUGGCUCUUUCCAUGACACCAAUAAUGCAAAGAAUAACCUGGUUGGAUCCAGUAACAGCCUCCAGAGUUCUGUAAGCAAUAUCCCAACAACCAUCAGCAAUGUUACACAGAGCUUGAACAACACCCAGGAGUAUCUACAGAACAAUGGUUCAGAGGCAGUCAAAUCUGAAGCAAAGAAUUUUGCUAAUCGGUUAACAGCCAUAGUGGAUUCCUUUGUUGAAGAUGCACGUUAUGGGUUGGAGAAUGAGAUUGGAAGAUGCACACCUAUCUACAACAUCUAUGCUUCAAUGUUGGUUAAUGGAUUUUGUCGGUACACACUGGAUGCAUUGAAUGGAUUCUGGUUUUCCAUUGGUUGGUGUGUGUUUUUCUUUUUGCCAAGCGUAAUCUUUGCUGUGAAGCUGGCUAAGUACUACAGAAAGAUGGAAAUGUUGGACAGCUUUGAUAACCCUUUACCGUCCAAAACUAUACACAGUGUUUCUGACACAGAUGGACCAAUGUUUGGCAAGAACAAAGUUGGUCAUGCUGACAGAUGGUAGGAGAACAAGAAGAUUGUCCCUGAACAUUUGGAAGAUUACCGAUGACUACAGUACAUACCGUCCAAGAAAUAUUGUCAUAUUUGUGUCCGAUCAGGUGCCAUUUUUAGAAAGACACUGAAUAAUUAAUAGUGAUUCACAUCAUAAAUUAUGUUUUGUACCAUUAGAAAUAAAGUAAUGAAGUAUUGUGA